AAGGCCUGCAUUCUCGAGUCGGUCUCGACAUCCGAUUGUCAACCUCUAGAUAUCGAAUGUCAAUGUAACAGCCAAGCGUUCCAAGACGCAGCGACCGAUUGCGUUCAGCUUCAAUGUUCCGUCAUAGAGGCACUUGCCACCAAAAACGCGACGGAGACGCUGUGCGGUCAUCCGGUGAGAGAUAAAUCCAAUACAUUGAUCACCAUAGCCAUCAUUUUUUCCGUCCUAUCGGGCUGCUUCGUCCUUCAACGGUUCGCCAUUAAGAUAACAACCUACGGCCUUGGUCUGGGGAUUGAUGACUGGGUGACCCUCCUAGCCACCUUGAUACAAGCCCCUGCAGCCGCUAUUGCCUGUGAGGGCGGCAGAAAAGGCGGCCUUGGUCGUGAUAUUUGGACGCUCACUCCCGAAGAGAUCAGGAACUUUGGUUAUUAUCUUUACAUUUACUCAACGAUCUACUUUCUCAAUGCUGCUGUAUGUAAGCUGGCAUUCCUCUUCUUUUAUCUUCGGAUCUUUCCUGCACUCAAGGUUCGUCGCGUGCUGUGGUGCACUGUCAUAUUUGUCCUCAUGUUCGGGGUCGUCUUCUCAAUGCUCUCCAUCUUCCAGUGCCGUCCUAUUUCCCACUACUGGAAUCGUUGGGAUGGCGAGCAUGAAGGAACCUGUAUAAAUGCAAGUAUUAUUGCAUGGGUGAACGCAGCCCUUAGUAUUGGGCUAGACUUUUUCAUGAUUGGCAUCCCUCUCUCCCAAAUCAGGGCACUUCACUUGAGCCGGAAAAAAAAAAUAAGCGUUGGUGCCAUGUUUUGCCUUGGCUUAUUUGUUACAAUCAUCAGUGCCGUGCGCCUCGAGAAUUUGAUCGUGCAUGGUUGGGAAGCCCCCAAUGCUACAUGGGAAAAAGUGGAAGUUGCCGUCUGGUCCACUGUUGAGAUUAACGUUGGGAUUAUCUGUGCCUGUCUGCCUUCACUGCGGACUUUGAUUAUGUGUGCAUUUUCGCAUAUACGACCUCGUUCUUCCCCCGUAGACACACCAGGGGAGGCAACUGUGCGAAAUACUGGAUUUGGUACGACUAGUAUUAUCAUAGCACAGGGUAUGCAGCUACCAACACAGCCUGGCACCAUUCAUCUCAAAAAGGAGUAUAUGUCCAGGGACUGA